UUAAGUUUAAAAGGAGACAAAAGAAGCUCGUGCUGGGAGCCUCGUGGCUGGGUAGGACUGGGAAGGGUCCAGAGGCUCAGGUUGGCGGUUGCGCCUGGGGUUCUAGAUGUCUGUCCUACUGGCGAAGGGCGAGGGAGAGAAGUUGUAGUUUCCACAAGGGCAAGCAUCCAAGCAAAGCUGGAGGGACGGAACUUGGCAAAGCCCAGGGUGGCCAAUGAGGCCCCCUCGCGUCAGCCGCGGGCAGCGGACGCUCACUUAAGGUUCUCCCAUAUCGGAGAGCCGCUGCUGCAAGAGAGUUUAAAGGACCUGGAACAGCUGAUGAAACGACGGGGCUUGGAAGCGUUGGACUGGCUGGAGCUGCAUUUCGGCGGCGUGUCGGGGCUGUGCCAGCUGCUGCAGACGGACCCCGAGCUCGGGCUCCCCUUGGACCCUGGCGAGCUGAGCCGCAGGAGGGAGCAGUUUGGCACCAAUGAGGUGCCAAAAACUCGGAGCAGAUGUUUCUUGGAGCUGGUGUGGGAUGCUCUGCAGGACACAACGCUCAUCUUCUUGGAGUUGGCGGCUGUUGCGUCCCUGGCCCUGGCUUUCUAUGAGCCCAAGGUCAGCGGAGACACCAAAGGCUGCUAUGUCAGCGGGGGCUCCGAGAAGGAAGGUAACGUGGUGCCCUGGCUGGAGGGAGCAGUCCUGCUGAUGUCAGUGGCUUUGGUGGUGCUGACCACAGCCUUAACUGACUGGAACAAGGAGAAGCAGUUCAGGAAUCUGCAGGACCGAGUGGUCCUAAGUCAGAAAGGAAAGGUAGUGAGGGACGGCCAGAUUCUGGAGGUACCUGUCAAGGACAUCGUGGUGGGUGAUGUAGUCCCAGUGUCCUAUGGGGACAUGCUGCCUGCAGACGGUGUACUACUCCAGGCACAGAACUUAAAAAUGAAUGAGAGCUCCUUGACAGGAGAGUUGGACAUGGUGAAGAAGUCCCUGGACCUUGACCCGAUUCUUCUGUCUGGGACCUAUGUGAUGGAGGGCUGGGGCAAAAUCCUAGUGACUGCUGUGGGACCCAACUCACAAACUGGGAUCAUCCUGACCUUGCUUGCUGCCAGUGCCCAGCAAGGAAGGUCCGAAGACCAUAGAAAGGUCCUGGAGUGGGCAAGUCAAGGCAAGAGCAUAAUAAAACCAAAACAUUCCUACUCCAAAGCAAAGCCAGUGCUACAAAAGAAAUUGACAAAAUUAGCAGUCCUGGUUGGGAAGUGUGGUAUGCUCAUGGCCACCAUCACAGUAGUUAUUCUUGUGACCUACUUUGUAAUUAAUACUUUUGUGACUGAGAGGCAAAAAUGGACUUAUGGUUGUACUUCAGUUUAUAUCAAAUAUUUUAUUAAAUUUUUCAUUAUUGGAAUGACAAUCUUUGUGGUGACUGUACCUGAAGGUCUUCCACUUGUACUCACACUGUCUUUGGCUUACUCAGUAAAGAAAAUGAUGAAAGACAAAAACCUAGUAAGGCAUUUGGAUGCUUGUGAGACAAUCGCAAAUGCCACAACCAUUUGCUUAGACAAAACUGGAACACUGACCAUGAACAGAAUGACUGUCGUCCAGGCUUAUAUUGGUGGGACUCAUUAUCAAAAGCUCCCCAAAACCAAUUCUAUCCCAGGUGCUAUCCUGGAGUAUCUUUUAAAAGGUAUCACUGUUAAUUGUUCUUAUACUUCCAAUAUCAUUCUUCCCAAAGAUGGUAAGAAGUCAGUACAACAAAUUGGCAAUAAAACCGAAUGUGCCUUAUUGGGAUUUCUCCUGCAUUUGGAAUUGGAUUAUGAAACAGAAAGAAACAAAAUACCGCAGCAGAGUUUGUAUAAAGUGUAUACCUUGAACUCAGAUAGAAAAUCCACAAGUACUGUAUUAAAAUUGUCCAGCGGGGGUUUCCUGAUGUUCAGUAAAGGUCCUUCUGAAAUAGUCUUAGCAAAGUGUUGUAAAAUCCUGAAUAAAAUGGGACAGCCUGUGGAAUUGACAGAAACCAAAAAAAGAGAAAUUGUUCACAACAUCAUUGAGCCAAUGACUUCUGAAGGACUUCAAACCAUCUGUCUGGCCUUCAGAGAGUUCUCAGAUCAGGAACAAGAGCCAGACUGGGACAGAGAAGAGGAUAUCGUUACAGAACUUACGUGUAUUGCUCUUGUAGGUAUUGAAGAUCCCGUUAGACCUGAGAUUCCAAGUGCCAUUAGGAAAUGCCAGCGAGCUGGAAUCACUGUCCGGAUGGUCACUGGGGAUAACCUCAACACUGCCCGGGCGAUAGCAUUCAAAUGUGGCAUUUUGGACCUCCAUGACAAUUAUUCUUGUCUAGAAGGCCGAGAGUUCAACAGGCUAAUAUGUGACAGGCGCGGGAAGGUCGAACAGAAGCUUUUAGACAGAAUUUGGCCCAGACUUCGUGUGCUUGCAAUGUGUUCCCCCACUGACAAAUACACACUUAUAAAAGGUAUAAUUGACAGUGAUAUUUUGGGAGUGAGGCAGAUUGUAGCCAUAACAGGUGAUGGUACUAAUGAUGGCCCAGCAUUAAAAGCAGCAGAUAUUGGGUUUGCCAUGGGCAUCACUGGAACAGAUAUCGCUAGAGAAGCUUCAGACAUCAUUCUAAUGGAUGACAGCUUCACAAGCAUUAUGAAAGCAAUUAUGAGGGGGAGGAACAUUUAUGACAACAUCUCCAAAUUCCUCCAGUUUCAUCUGACUGUCAGUGUAGUGGCAACGGUGGUGACAUUUAUAGGGGCAUGUGUGACGCAGGAUUCACCACUUAAAGCAGUGCAGAUGCUGUGGAUUAACCUCAUAAUGGAUGCAUUUGCUUCUCUUGCCUUACUCACUGAAAAGCCAACUGAGGCCCUUCUGAUGAGAAAACCUUAUGGGAGGAAACAGCAUCUCCUGUCCAGUUCCAUGGUAAAGUAUAUUUUGGGCCAUGCAGCGUACCAGCUUACAGUCACUUUUGUUCUUAUGUUUGUUGGUGAAGAGCUGUUUGAUUUCGAGAGCGGAAGGAAAGCUCUUCUCCAUGCGACUCCUUCCACCCACUAUACGAUGGUAUUCAACACUUUUGUUAUGAUGCAGCUGUUCAAUGAAAUUAAUGCUCGAAAGAUUCAUGGUGAGAGAAAUGUCUUUGAAGGAAUCCUCAGCAAUAAUAUCUUUUGCACCAUUGUUGGGGGAACAUUCGCCUUACAGUUCCUCAUUGUUCAAUUUGGCGGAAAUGUUUUCAGCUGCACCAAUCUUAGUCCAGACUUGUGGCUGUGGUGCAUUUUCCUAGGAGCAGGGGUAUUAGUGUGGGGUCAGUUUGUAACCACAAUUCCCAGCAAGUAUGUGGAACCUCUUAUAAGAUUGAUGGGUGGGAGAUUAGAAGAAAAGGUUGAUACUAUGUGCCAUAUAGUAUCAACGACUGAGGACCUAUUGUGGGUUCAGAACCCAAGCAGAAUCCAGAAUCAGAAAAGACUAAUAAAGUCAUAUCAUUCUUAUUUUCACAGGAGUGUGUCCCAAAUUACCCGGUGA